CCGGAGGGAUCCCAAUGAGCUGAGUCGAGAGCCUUUGUGUGCAGAGGGAGGAGGAGGAGGCUGUGGCGGCCGCCCGGCUGGAGACCCCGCCCGGGGAGCCCCCAGCAAGAACAAUGCUAGCCUGCCUGACCCGAGGGAACUUACUGGACGUCCUGCAGGAGGGCUUCAAUGAGCAACAGCUGCAGGCCUAUGUGGCCUGGGUGAAUUCACAACUGAAGAAGAGGCCAGCAGUGAAGCCUGUGCAGGACCUGCGACAGGAUCUCCGGGAUGGGGUGAUCCUGGCAUAUCUCAUCGAGAUUGUUGCAGGAGAAAAGCUGAGUGGGGUACAGCUGAGUCCCAGUAACCAACAGGAGAUGAAGAAUAAUGUGGAGAAAGUGCUACAGUUUGUGGCCUCUAAAAAGAUUCGUAUGCACCAGACUUCGGCUAAAGAUAUUGUGGAUGGAAACCUGAAGUCUAUCAUGAGGCUGGUCCUUGCCUUGGCAGCUCAUUUCAAACCUGGCUCUAGCAGGAUGGUGAACCAAGGACGGGACUCCAGAGCCCCUUUACAAAGUCACCGACCACAUUGUGCCACUGCUGUUGCCCAGGGAGCAGCUGCUGCUCUGGCCGAUGUGUGUCAUGACAUGUCCCGAUCAGGACGGGAUGUCUUUCGAUACAGACAGAGGAACAGCAGCAUGGAUGAGGAAAUUGAGAAUCCAUACUGGAGCGUGCGGGCCCUAGUGCAGCAGUAUGAAGGGCAACAAAGGUCCCCGUCUGAAUCCAGCUGCUCCAGCCUGACUUCAUCCAGUCCAAUCCACAGUGCCAAGAGUGAGUCCAUUAUAACCCAGUCAGAAGAGAAGGCAGAUUUUGUGAUUAUUCCCUCUGAAGGAAUAGAGACCAGAAGAGAGGAGACAGAGUCUCCAUUAUCUCGAGACUGGCGGCCAGGGAGCCCUGGAACCUAUCUGGAGACCUCAUGGGAGGAACAGCUGUUGGAGCAACAAGAAUAUUUAGAAAAAGAAAUGGAAGAAGCAAAGAAAAUGAUAUCAGGACUACAGGCCUUAUUGCUCAACGGAUCCUUACCUGAAGAUGAACAGGAAAGGCCCUUGGCCUUCUGUGAACCAGGUGUCAAUCCCGAGGAACAACUGAUUAUAAUCCAAAGUCGUCUGGAUCAGAGUAUGGAGGAAAAUCAGGACUUAAAGAAGGAGCUGCUGAAAUAUAAACAAGAAGCCAGAAACUUACAAGGGAUAAAGGAUGCCUUGCAGCAGAGAUUGACUCAGCAGGACACAUCUGUUCUUCAGCUCAAACAAGAGCUACUGAGGGCAAAUAUGGACAAAGAUGAGCUGCACAACCAGAAUGUGGAUCUGCAGAGGAAGCUAGAUGAGAGGAACCGACUCUUGGGAGAAUAUAAAAAAGAGCUGGGGCAGAAGGAUCGCCUCCUUCAGCAGCACCAGGCCAAGUUAGAGGAAGCACUCCGGAAACUCUCUGAUGCCAGUUACCACCAGGUGGAUCUAGAGCGAGAGCUAGAACACAAAGAUGUCCUCUUGGCUCACUGUAUGAAAAGAGAGGCAGAUGAGGUGACCAACUACAACAGUCACAACUCUCAAAGCAAUGGUUUUCUCCUUCCAACAGCAGGAAAAGGAGCUGCUUCAAUCAGCAACAGAGGGACCAGCGACCUGCAGCUUGUUCGAGAUGCUCUCCGCAGCCUGCGCAACAGCUUCAGUGGGCACGAUCCUCAGCACCACACCAUUGACAGCUUGGAGCAGGGUAUCUCCAGCCUCAUGGAGCGCCUGCAUGUUAUGGAGACGCAGAAGAAACAAGAAAGAAAGGUUCGAGUCAAGUCACCCAGAACUCAAGUAGGUAGUGAGUACCGGGAGUCCUGGCCCCCUAAUUCAAAGUUGCCUCACUCACAGAGCUCUCCAACUGUCAGCAGCACCUGUACUAAAGUGCUCUAUUUCACUGACCGGUCACUUACGCCCUUCAUGGUCAAUAUACCAAAGAGGUUGGAGGAGGUGACACUAAAGGAUUUUAAAGCAGCUAUUGAUCGGGAAGGGAAUCACCGGUAUCAUUUCAAAGCACUGGAUCCUGAGUUUGGCACUGUCAAAGAGGAGAUUUUCCAUGAUGAUGAUGCCAUCCCUGGAUGGGAAGGGAAAAUUGUAGCUUGGGUAGAAGAAGACCAUGGAGAGAAUUAAUGCCAAGUAUCAGAUUGAGGGCUUAUGGAACCUGGUCACUCCCUGGCUGCUUCACUCAGGAAAGGGAACUAAAACCAGAAUACGCUAAGAAGUUUCUAGUUUGUAUGCCAAAACAGAAGCUUCUCCAAGUAUGAUGGCCACAGGUCAGUCCUAUUUCUGUGCCUGGCAUAUCUGGUACUUAAAAUUCUGUCCAAAUGUAGACCAUGGGUUCAUCUGGAGUUCCUUGUCCGUGGGAACACAGUGUUCUAUUCUACUCUGAGGACAACAAACCGAAGGCCUUAAACGAUGGGGAUGGAUGAUCCCGCCUCUAUAGGGGCAUGGCUGCUAUUAUCUGGAAACUAGGAAUUGGAUGCAUCACUCCUGUGUGUUACAGUAUUAUUUUAAUUGGCCUCAAUGGUUGCAGCAAUCAGAGUCCCAGCGUUUGUACUCGCAGACAAGGCAAAGGUACCAGCUUUUCUGUUUCUUUGAACCUACUGCAAACCAAGAAUAACUCGUGAGGUGGUACCAAAGAUGAAAGCCCAGUCUUCAGUAAUCUUUUGAACCGGACAUGGAUGGUGCUGAAUUGUUGCUUGGAUGGAAAAAGGGCUGCCCAUAUUGUGCUACACUAUGCUAAAACUGUAAUUUAGUAAGACCUUGGGCUGCAUCUUCUGUCUUAACUGGUUCUGCAGCUUGUCCUUUUGCCCACAUAGGGCCUAUUAUGUACUGUUAGUUUUCUCUGGGGACUCUUUAACUUUAGAGCCAUUUCUUUUUCUUCAAACUGAUGAACUUUGUGUUUGAAAGGACUAAGGAGUGAAAAGCUCCUUGAAAAUCCAGGCGGGUAUGGAAAGGUGCUGCUACCCAUAUCUUUUUGACUUUCUUUGUUUCAUGACUUUAACUCAUGGCAUCUCCUUUGUAGUAAAAGGAGACAGAUCAUUAAUUUCAGCAUUUCUUUGUGAUUUAUAAGUACUGAGCAUGAAGUACUUGUCUGCCCCUCCUCAUUUCAAGGCCAGUUAUUUUCUAUUUAUGUAUUUAGUCUAGGCUGAUCCUUUAGGGCACAGUAGAAACCAUGGGGCGUGGAGCAUGAGUUGUGAAUGGCAGGGAUCAUUCUGGGUAAGAAAAACCUAGAAUCAUUUCUCAUGUGCAACAUUGUCAAGUGAAGAAGCUAACAGUUCAACUGCAGAGAUUAUUUGAUAACCUGGGUUUUCUCAUUCAUCCAUCAAGCACCAUCAACCAAUCAGCCAUUAUUAUUUAUAUUAUGUAUUACCAAAAGCAGUCUGUCUGCCUGUGACCUCCAAUGUACACUGCCAAACACAGAGUAGGAAACAUCCCUUCUGGGUUCUUGACCUGUCUCCAAUUCAUCUCCCCUUUUCACUCCCUGGCUCACUCAACAAACUACUCUUUAGAGCUCUGAGAUGACAUCCUGUUGUUUUAUAUAGAUGUGUCUUUUAAAAAUAGUUCAUGUUUGGAGAAUUCUUUUGUACUCAUUUGCUUUUUGUCUGAGAACCAUGUCUAUUUUUAUAACUGGAGUGUGAGUUCUGUAUCUUCUCACAUUCUGUAUACUGUAUCCAUUUUCUAGAGAACCCAGUAGCUUUUAUACAGUCUCUUCUUACCACCCCUUGUGGUUUCAGAACAAGCUUUAUUUUAUUAUGAGUAUACUAAUGACAACUAAUUCCUGUUCCAAUUCUACCUGUUUUAGUUGUGAAGGUAGUUUUGUGUAAUCCAGUUGAUUGCUCCUCUGGCAGAGAGGAGCUCAAAAGACACUUGAUGUCUUUCAUGUAAGUUUACCUGGUCUUUUCCUAUUGAAGAAUUUUUCAUCAGAAACGAUUGGGAAAGUUUGGGAAAGUCAGCCAAAAGAAAGAAUUCAUUUCGAAAGCAAACAGAAGAAAACAGUAUAUUCUCUCAGUUUUUCCCUAGGAAGACUGGAGAAGAAGUCCUCAUGUCACCAGUUUCUCUGUUGCAUGAAUUUUAGUGUUUUGCUAUAAGACAGCAUGAGGGCUAUCAGGCCAAAAUUCAUUAUUGUAUUUCCAAUACAGUUUGUCUUGAAUGUCUGUCUCUUAAA